GAGAAGCUGGUGUUUGGUCUCGUGACUCGUCUUUCAUUGUUGCUAGUCAUCUCCUAAAUUGGAUGAGUAAAAAAAAAAAAAAAAGGUUUAUUCCGUAAAGGAGUUGACAUUCGCUCAAUUUCCACAACGACUACAAGGAAGAUGUUGUCUCGCUUGCUGAAGGAGCACCAGGCGAAUCAAAAUGAGCGGAAGGAACUUCAGGAAAAACGCAGACGUGAAGCUAUUGCUGCAGCAACCUGUCUAACUGAAGCUUUGGUAGACCAUCUUAACGUCGGUGUUGCUCAGGCAUAUGUUAACCAACGUAAACUCGACCAUGAGGUGAAGACUCUGCAAGUACAGGCGAGCCAAUUCUCCAAACAAACUGCACAGUGGAUCAGCAUGGUGGAGGGAUUCAAUCAGGCUUUAAAGGAAAUUGGGGAUGUUGAGAACUGGGCUCGCAGUAUUGAGAUGGACAUGAGAACAAUCGCCACAGCUCUGGAAUAUGUUCACAAGGGACAACUUCACUCUGCUGCUUCGUAAAGUUCAGUGUUUGUGUGGGACUUUUACUACUGAAUAUAUAUAAACUGGAUUAAAACAUUCAUCCGGUCCAGUGGAGCUCAUUCAGUGAUGACUACUCAUCUGCACGCUCCUCUGAGUGGACUUAAGCCAAUAUUUUUCAGAUGGAUAUCAACAGUUUGUUGUUGCAUUUUAAAUUUUUUAUUAUUUUUUUUGCACUACUACUGAGAAGUGUGAGCACAAUAUUUGAUUGGGGAAAAAUUAAGAAUAGAUCCAACAUUUUGGUUGUGUGGAUGUCUUUAUGCAAGCCUUGUUUUUUUGUUUUUUUUUUGCAAAUU